UAAAGGCUCGAAGAUGGUAGACAUAAAUGAGCGAUUCAUGGGUGUAGGUGGAGUUUUUUAUUGCCUGCGUACUGCUGCGGCUCAUUACCUUGCUUAUCUCUUCUCUCCACGCUUCACCGAUACCCUCUCUGUCACGUUCCUUGAUCAGUCUCCCACCUUCUCAUACACUCCUCCCUCCCUCGCUCAACUUCCCUCCUCACUGCUGCACCAGUUCGUACUUUGCGGUCAGUGGCUCCUUUCCUCUCCUUGUCCGCCUUUGUCACGCUUAGACAAAUCAUGGUACAGUCCCAGAAGUUCCGAGGAGUGAGGCAGCGCCACUGGGGCUCCUGGGUCUCAGAAAUCAGACACCCUCUACUCAAGCGCAGGGUGUGGUUGGGCACGUUCGAGACGGCGGAAGAGGCGGCGCGCGCGUACGACGAGGCGGCGGUGCUCAUGAGCGGCCGCAACGCUAAGACAAACUUCCCGGUGUGGCCGAGCACGGCUGACGGCGUCGACGCCAAGGCGCUGUCGGAGGCGCUCUGCGCCAAGCUGCGUAAGUGCUGCAGGGCCGCGCCCGCGCCAUCGCUCAUCUGCCUCCGCCUCGACACCGAGAAGUCCCACAUCGGCGUUUGGCAGAAGCGCUCUGGCACUGGCGCCGGCGCCUCCAGCUGGGUCAUGACAGUCGAGCUUGGCACUGAUCCACAUGCCUCUGCCGUCGCCGCACUGCCACCUCAGCAGCCCCCUUCUUCUUCCUCCUCGUCGUCUGAAUCUGCCUGCCUUUUGACAAUCGACGAGGAGGAGCAGCAGCUGGCGUUGCAGAUGAUAGAAGAGCUCCUCAACCGGAAGCAUGCCGGCGCAGAAGGUGAAGCCAGCUUCUUCUUCUGAUCACCAUCCUUAAAAUUAAAGACACAUAGUUCAUCGCAUGAUUUAUAAGUAUUGUAUUUGUCAAUAUAUAAUCCCACACAAGCAAAGUUAAUCAGA